CUUAUACAGCAGGUUAGGUUCCGGGCUAUACAGUAUUUAAUAAAGUUAUGAUACAAAUACAAUUUGAUACAGUUAGAAUUGUGCGUUCAAAUGAAAGCCACUUACUGUAUUAUACAAAUCAUUUCUGCAAAGUAAAGCUAAAACCAGUUCAAUUACCUUCAAGAGUGUUAUUCCACUUAUAUUAGCACCCAGUCUAUGAAAGUAGUUACAUUUGAUUCAUGUUGUGUUGUAGGUUAUUACCAUGCUUGAGCUGCGUCGCUUUCUGGAGGAGCACCAGGGUGAGUCUCGUACUGAAGAUGAACUGCGGCUCCUCCUUGAUCGCCACGAACCAGACCCGACUCUCAGAUCACAGGAGCUGAUGUCGUUUGAGGGAUUUGCAAGAUUUAUGAUGGAUGAAGAUAACUAUGCUUUCCUUGAUGAGCGCAUAUUACCCGACGAUGAUGAUAUGACGAUGCCUUUAUCAAAUUAUUACAUAGCUUCCUCGCACAACACUUACCUGACUGGUCAUCAGCUUAAAGGAGAAUCUUCUGUUGAGUUAUAUAGCCAGGUGCUGUUGACUGGAUGCCGAUGUGUGGAGCUUGACUGCUGGGACGGUGAUGAUGGUACUCCCAUGAUAUACCACGGACACACUUUCACAACAAAAAUACCUUUCAGAAGUGUUGUAGAGACCAUCAAUAACAGUGCCUUUGUCACAUCGCCAUACCCAAUCAUCCUCUCCAUCGAGAACCACUGCUCACUUAUGCAGCAAACAAGGAUGGCGCAAAUCUUCAUGCAGGUGUUUGGGGAUAAAUUGGUAACAAAAUUUUUGUUUGAGUCCGAUUUUUCUGAAGAGGUUCACCUGCCAAGCCCCUCACAACUUAAGUACCGGAUCUUGAUCAAGAAUAAGAAAUUGGUGGCUGAUGUUGCUCCAGGAUUGAGUGUGAAGGGUCACACAAGCAGACCCAGCGGUCGCACUAACUCUCUGGUCAGCAAUGCCUCUACUGGUUCACUCAAUGAUCCGGAGACUGAUGAAGAUGACGAUGAUGAUGACUAUGAUGACGAAGAACACAAUCCAUUUGAUAUUGCACAUCACGACAGCUUGUUUGAAGACGAGAAACAUUGUCUCGUCAUCAAGAGUGUGUCUAUGGGAACACGUACAGAAUCAUUAUCCAGUGCUGAAGGCAGCCGACUACGACCAAAAUCCCAAAGUGAUGAGUAUAUAGAUGAUGAAAUAGUUCCACCAAAACUAAAGAAACAGAGCAGCCAAAUUGCCAAGGAACUUUCAGAUCUUGUCAAUUAUUGCCAAGCAGUCAAGUUCCACGGCUUCAACCUUACUAGUCCCAGAGAAUCUGUUAAAGCAAAAAAGGUUGGUGGAAGGAAAAGUACAGUUCAGCCCCCAAUUAUAACUAACACACCCAUUUUAGUUCACACACAAAUGGCUUCAGAUCCUAGUCGUCUAGAACCUAUAUUACAGCCGCCUAUUCUCAAGAGACCCAUGGGUGUCCAUCCCUGUUAUCAGUGUUCGUCUUUAAAUGAAAAUACGGCAAAGCGCUUGUGCCGUCGUCAGCCUCUUGAUGCUAUACAACACACAGAAACUCAACUUAUGCGGACUUAUCCAGCAGCCAUGAGGAUAGACUCUUCAAAUUUUAACCCUCUCUAUUUUUGGGCAUUUGGGAUCCAAAUGGCUGCACUAAACUAUCAGACUGAUGAUACAUACUUACAUCUUAAUUAUGCUAUGUUUGAGCAGAAUGGGAGAUGUGGUUAUGUUCCUAAACCAAAAGUGAUGUGGGAUGACACUCAUAUGAUGUACAGAAGAUUCAAUCCCUUUGACAAAGAGUUUGAUGGACUCCAUGUGUUAAAUCUUAAGGUAGAAGUGAUAUCAGGUCAGUAUGUGUGCCAAAAUAACUUUCAGGGAAGUCCUCAAGUAGAAGUGGAGAUUCUUGGCAUUCCUGUUGAUUGUAAUAAGUUCAAAACAAAAGUUAUUCAGAGGAAUUCAUUUAAUCCAAUAUGGAAUGACUCCUUUACAAUUCGGGUUAUGUUCAAGCAUCUGGCUUUUUUACGAUUAACUAUAACAGAUAUUGCCACGGGACACAUGACAGCUCAGAGGAUCUUGCCUCUUCGUUGUUUAAGACGAGGAUAUCGCCACGUGCGUCUCCGUAACCAACAGAAUCAACCUCUUCCAGUCUCUACCCUUUUUAUUUAUACUCUUAUGGAAGAAGAGGAAUAUGAGAUCCAGCAACUCUCUCCAAGUCAAGAUCUUAUCAUAGACUCAAUCAAAAUUAAGGAAUCAGAUAUAGAACAUCACGAUACUACACCCACAGUACCGUUGAAAAGACGGAAAUUCUUCGUUAAAAUUCACGGAGUAGUCCCGGAUGAACCAUAUACAGUUAUUAGUGCAACACAAGAGUGCACAACACGUGAUGUUAUUACCAAAGCAGUUUUAAAAAUUGGGAAAGGGGCCCGAAUUGAAGAUUAUAUAUUAAUUGAAGAGGUGGCCAAAGGAUGGCAGAAGAAAGGUGACAACCCCACUACGCAAAGGAUUCUUGAUAUAAAUGAGAGACUUCUGGAGGCUCAGGCACACUGGCAAGGAGAGGGAAAGUUUGUGCUGAAGAAAACUUCCGAUGAUCCUAGUACACGAGCUUGGCUCACCACCAUCAUGAGCACGGCAUCCAAGGAAAAAAGGAAGAAAAAUGUUGAGGGUGAGAUUAAUGAAGAAGCAAAAGGUUGGGAAGAGGAGGACAAUUUCUUGGUGUGUGUUUAUAAUGUGUCUUCCCAGAUUCCAUAUACUAUCCUGAAGGCACCUACUUCUAGCACAGCACAAGACAUCCUGGCUCAGGCGCUGGUGAAGGCCCGACGUAUGGAAGACCCGGCUAGGUUUGUGCUUGUCGAGGAACUAGAAUAUGGACAAUUGACAGAGUUAACCGGAGGUACAACACACAGACGUCGGUGUCCUCGCGUAGAACGACGCGUUCUGCCAGAUACUGAAAAUAUAUAUAAAGUGCAGGCAGCUUGGAAGACUUUAGGGAAACUGGUUCUGAAGGAGCGAGGAGCACCUUUAGAAGGUACUUUCAGUAGAGCAACGGCUGCUGCCUCGGCACUUAGUUUAACACUUUCAACGGCGAUAAGUCGUGUAAGCCGAUCGAGGUACUAUGAACGACGCCCUGUUAAAGAGACGUAUAGUGAUCCAAGUGCGCUGGCUGCACCUCAUGAAAAUUUUCCUGAUCGUAGGUUCAAGAGUCUUCAUGACACGUGGAGAGCUGGUGGCUCUAGUGGUGCUCACUCUGAAGGAGAAAUCCUCUCUGACGAUGAGCCUCCAGCCUCUGACCUUAGGGCUGCUGUUCAUAAACUUAAAAAGGUUUCUUUAAAAAAGUUUCAGAAAGUGUGGAGAUAAAUUCUUGCUAUUAGUAGCAUUUAGCAAAUCUGACCAAAUUCAAACUGUGUGAAAACUAGUUAUAGAAUGGGGAAAAGAGUAUACAUUUUCAAUAAUAAAAUUUAAUAUACUUUAUUUUAAAGACUAUUACUUGUGGUUAUAUAUUAAAAACUUUAUAAGGUUUUUCUCCCUAUUAAUGUGAUCUCAUGCUCUGGGACAUAUAACUGAGGCUACCCAGGAUAGUGAAGUGCCGUGUCCUACCAAAGAUUAUAUUGAUUUCAAUUUUAUGAAGUCAGAUACAGAUUUUGAUCAUGUUAUGAUGAGUGGUGGUUUAUAAUUUACAAAAUAACUGAUCAAUAUCUAAAAACUAGACCAGAGUACUUUUAAUUUAGAAGUACUGCUGUGAAAUUUUUGAGUCACCAUUUGUGUUCGGAUUUUAAGCAUGAAAUAACUGCCUCAUGACUAAAAUUUUGAAAGUAAAUAAUUCAAUGUAGACAAUUUCAGUGAGAUGAAGCCAUCCAGUGUUUUUAAAAUAACACUUUUAUAGGAAAAAAUCACAGCAGGGGAUGAUUAGUGUAGCUGGCUAAAAAAUUGAGAAUUGACAAUACUUAAUCUGUCUCCUGAUACAGGGGACUCAAAUUGUAAAUGUAAUUUUGAUGUUGCAUUGGGCCUCAGUGUGAUUUUAUUUUUUUAUAUUUUUUUAAGGGAGAACGGGUUAAGAUGGCCUUAUUAUGAGGUUUGAUAAUGGACAAAUUAGAUCUUCUUGUACAUAAUGUAAAUAUGAAUAUAAAGUAAUUAUUAUUAUCAUGUAUAUUGCCCCUCAAAUGAAAUAUUUUGCAUAAAUACCUCUUCUAUGUCAGUGAUCUUAUGCCAUAUCCAUGUUGUAGUUGAUGUUUUCUGUGUGUGCGUGUUGAAGACAUGUAGAUAACGUGCAAGGUGGUCCACUUCUUAGGAAAUUUGGACAUUUCCAUUUAUGAAAUGUUUUUUUCUUUUACUUGCAUAUCACCUAAUAAUAAGUAACAAAUAAUAUAAAUACAAUAUCAAAUUAAAUAAUGAACACCUUCACUCCCAGUCAUCCAGUCAUCUUGACUUUGAUAAUUCUUGCCUGUUAAAAACUAUUGAGAAAUACAGGAAACCUGCACACUUAUGACCUAACUUGUUCCAUGAAAGCAAUGUAAGUCGAACCAUUAUUUUCCAUGAGCACAAUGUUAUGAAUGGGGGUCCCAUUCCUGGGAACUAAUUCCUUAAGUUAAAAUUACAUUUUUUUAAGGGAUAUCUCGCUGGCAGAGAAAUAUUAUUAAUGCGGGAAAAGAAGUGUGUAAAUCACCUUGUUAUAAGUUGGGGUUGCCUGUAACUCUCUACCUAACUAGACCCCUUGACUUUGCUAGAAAGGAUUAUCAUACAAUGCAUACAGCCUUAACCUCAGAUAAACCAUUAAACUAUUCUAUGUUGAAAUAACUUUAAAUAAAAUGACAUGUUUCAUUUACUGUGCAAUCCAAGAAAAGUAUCCUCAUGCCACGUAAGUCUAGGCACCUAUGACUCAGUGCACACAAAAGGAAUAUUACAGAGUGCAACAUAAGUUUCCAACACAGUUCAGUAUCAUCAUUGAAGAUUUGUGGCCAGUCAGAAGAGAUGUUAUUGCACGGAAACUUCUAUCUCCAUUUUAUCAAUGAAAAUGACAAAGUGGCUCCUACGCUGCCCAAAACCAAUUUGAUCCUGCCACUUAGAAGGAUACACCAGCUUUGGAAGUUGAAAGCUGGAGAGUACCUGGAAAAAAAGCUAAUCAUAAGUAUUCUCUGGUUGUCAUACAGAAGACAGUAUUCCAAAAUUAACCAGCACUUUAAAGUUUGACAGAGACUGAAGUUAAAUUGGUAUUGAAUGUUGGAAGUCAAUUGGACGAGGCAUUCACAAAUUAUUGCGUACUUCAUUUUAUGCUCUAGAUGUGUUGCAGAAACAUGGCAAUUGUACUAAACUCAGGUUUACCUGCUACUGUUGUCUCUUAUUUCCACUUGCAGGUUUACACUAUUGUUUACCCAAUUCCAAGUUCAUUUGUUAUUUUAGUACAUGUCCAUAUUCUCACCUAUGCAGCAUGAACCCAAAAGGUAUUCUCUUCAUAAAAUGCAUCAGCCAGUGAAGAUUAAAGCUGUUCAUUUAGGGCAAAUUAAAGUUAUUUCACAGGAAAAAUACUGCACAGUUUUCAAAUGCAAAUUAGCACCUACACAUUAAUAAUAAGAAUCCCAACUUUUCUUCUACGUAGGAUAGACCAGAGUUGAAAAUUUGAAGUAAAUCGGAAGAGGCUUUCUCAAGUCAUCACAUGGAAACCAAAAUUUGCAAUGGUCUACAGUAUAUAAAAUUGACCAGAGGGCAGCUGCACAUGCCAAUACUGUAAUUGCAAGAACCUUUCCAUAGUUACUGUACACCAUUAAAAAUUUGAAGCCAAUUGGAUCAGGUGUUCUCAAGUUAAGUAAAAACCUUGAAGGAAGAAGAGAAGACCCGGGCAACCACUUCAACAUACUCCUUCACAGUUGUCUAAUAAUUGUGCAUGGCUAUUAAUCUUUAUUUUUGAAGAACUCGAAAAAAAAAAUUACAGAUUUUUAGGGUUUUGCAUUUUAUAUGAAUACAUUAGUAUUAAAUACUGAUUGUUACUUGAAACACAAAUUUUGCAUUUUAUCAAAUAUUAAUGUAUAGUUAUGGGCGAUGCUUAGUCAAAGUUAAGGGGUUACCUCUUUGCUUCCUAUGUCUCUCUCCCUUCCUUCCCAUCCCUUUUACCUCCUCUCUCUGUCUCACUCAUUAUACAUGUACAGUGCAAUCUUUAAUAAUGAUAAAUUUUAUAUAUUUCGUGUGUACAGAACACUUAAAAGUGAAAAACUUCGUUUUACACUAAAAUUUUCACAAUUUUACCUUAUUAAAAGGCCUAAGGCCUGUAACUGUGUGCUUUCUUAAAUGUUGGUGAGACUGUAGGUUGUACAUUUUGUUCUAGAUAUUCCUAAUAAUUGACCGCUCUUUAAAAGAUUAAAGGACUUUACUUAUCAUUUCUGCUCAUCUUUAUUGCUCUUGUUUCUUGCCAUGUAAAAUGAACUAAGAUUGUUAUUUACACCGAUCACUGCACACUUUGUGUUUGUAAAAGUUGACAAGCUUUUUUGUUUGUGUGUAAUAAUAAAUUGUCACAUUACCAUGGCUGGAAUAAUUCAUAACUAACCCACAAUUUAGAGAGGAAAUUUUCGAUGACAUUUCAGUCAGUGGUGGAACAUUAUCACUGGGUCUUGAUAAUGAUCCAUGAUGAAUCAAAACUCUUCACAAAUAACCCAGACUUAAGAUAGGAAGCUUAUGACAAUGUUUUGGUCUCUCCUGGACCACUAUCAAAUAGUUUCACUGGUCUAGCACAGGGGUGGGGGCUCCUUUUAUGUUGGAAGGCCGCAUUAAAGUUAGCUGUAAUCUAAUAAGGCCACAUUCAAGAAAUUUUGAUUAGAUAUACUACUAAAUGUCUGUUAUUUUCUAAAAUGUUACUUAUUAUAUAAUAACCUCAAGAAAAAAUCUGAUUAUGAUUCAUUCAGAAGACUGUACUUAAUGUUCUAGAAGACUACAGGUUCCCCACCCCUGGUCUAGCAGGAACCAAAACAGCAUUAUAAUCUCUCUCUCUUGUGUGGGUAUUGUGACUUAUUCUUCAAAAUAUCUUCUAAAGUUUCCUCACCAAAUUUGGGUUAGUUAUGACAAGCCAUUUUUGAGCCCAGAUGAUGUGCUGGUGUAGUCGAACACAGCGUCUGUCUUUCUCCGUGUUGUACAGUUUACAAUUUUUGGUCUGUCCUUUAAUCAGUUGUUGAAAUUUGUUUAUUGUUCACUACAGUAUAGAUCAUUUUCCUAUUCUGUAACAUUGUUAAAUCUUGGCAGUGUAACUGUAAGGCGAGUUAACUUUGAAUAUACAGUUGUUGUUUCUUGAAAUCACAGCUAUAAAAUACCUUAAGAAUUGUGUACAUUUUAAAAUGUUUAAUUUAAAAAAUUUAUGAAGUACUGGUAACUUUAUAGUUAAUGUCUUCAGUUAAAUCUAUUGUCCAUCACUGACAAAAAGUUGUUAUGCAUUCCCAGUAUGAAUCUCAAUUGAGUAUCAAUAAUGUAGGGUGGAAAUUUGAAGGAAAAAAUGAAAUAUAUAGUUAAGAAUUGCAAAUAUUCACCAUAUCAUUGCAGUAUUGCAAGUCCAGUGAGAACAGGAGGAUCAACAGACUUAUUAAUGUAUGUUUACUGAGACUUGUUACUGCUAUGUAAAGUACAAGGUAAGAUUGCAUUGGAUAAGUGCAAGUUUAAUAUUAUGUAUGUACUUCACUACAAUGAUUUAACCACAAAAAAAUGUUAUUUCUUAGUAUUUAAAAUUCAGAAAUUAUUUAAGUGGUUAAUACAAAAACAUGUUUGUGUGUGUGAGUGCGUGAGCACGUGAGCACGUGAACAUGUUUGCAUGCACUCACACAAACACACAAACUUUUAUAUAUGUAUUUAUAUAUGUGUGUGUAUAUGCUGUGCUGAUUAAGACGAACUGGCGAGUUUGGCCUAUUUGGCAGGGGUGUCCUCUGCCAAAGAAUAAAAAUUUGUUUUUGCCAUAAAUGUCUGUGAAAAUCAGUCUGACCAUAAUGAAAACAAUAUACAUAUUUUUUAAGUAAUAGUAAAUAAAUUAAAAUUUACCUGUGAUAUAGGAGAAUUUAGGAAAAAGAUUAUAUUUAAGUUACGUUAAAUGAAGUUUCUAAGUUAGAUUUGGUCCAAAAAUAAACAUCUUAAAUUUUUUUCAUUGACAAUUAUAUAAUCAGUUAUUCUCUAAGUGAUUUUUCUUUUUAAGUAUUUUUUUUUAAAGGAGUUCAGUCUGUUCAGCAAGUUUGGCUUAUUAAGCACAAAAUACACACACACAAACCAGUUUCUAUUUUUUUUCAUAUGAGGUUUUCUACCUAAACAUUUUGCUUCAGACAAUUCUGAAUAUAUAUUUCUUAUUUAUUUAUUGUUAGAUAUAAUUUUAAAUAAUUAGUGAAAUUUUUUCACCUUAAAUGGGAAGUAUUUUCAUAUGAUAUGCAUUAAAAAUUAGAAUUUUUUUUCACAUUGAAAAGGGAAGAAUGUAUGUGAGCAGAGCACUUUGAGAUUAGUGCAUUGCUUCUAGUCUUAUGUUGUGCUACAACACUGACAUGUGGCUAUGUAUGGACACUUGCAGCCCCCCUCACAGCAAGUUUACAUAUACUCUCCAGGUAGUUGAUUUGUCACAAACUAUUCCAUGAUUUGAAGAAUAAGAUUCACAAGACUGUAGCAGGAACUGCUCACCAUUAACCCACACAGUGACACUAGAAACAAGACACUAUUGACUCAUUCCAGGAUAUUAUCAAGGUGCAGGUCUUGAUCCAGGAUGGAUGAAAACUUUAAGUCUUUAUUUCCAAUUUGUGGGUUAAUUGUGAGCCGUAAUGUGAACUUGAGUUACACGUCAGUUACACAUCAGUUAUACGUCUGUUACACACCUGUUAUACAUCAGUUACAUGUCCAUUACACACUAGUUACACAUCAGUUAUAUGUUACACAUCAAUUACAUGUCCUUGACACACCAGUUACAUGUCAGUUAUUACUCAGUUACACAUCAGUUACACAUCAGUUAUACAUCAGUUACACAUCAGUUACACAUCAGUUACACAUCAGUUACACAUCAGUUACACCGCCAUUACACGUUCAGGAAGAACCUUCGAGGUAAGAAAAAAACUGUCUUCAGUUAUGGUUGCUCUUUAUUUAAAUGCAUUUUAUGUAGGAUAAUAUUAGCUCCCAGGAACUGAAUCAGUAUUUACAAAUCAACUCAUUCUUGAAGUCUGGAAUAAUUACCACAGAUUGAAAUUGAAAGUUUAGUGUGUAUAACUCAUUUUGUGGAUAUCAGUUAACCAGUUGAAUUUUUAAUACAAGUUAAUAGGACUGUGCUUGGAUUAAAUUGCCAUAAUCUCUGGUUGAUGCAGAGAGAGAAAUCACCUGGGCAGAAAAUUGAAACACAUGUAAGAGAUCUGUAUAUUUCAGCCUUAGUCAUAAACCCUCUUCAGAAGAUGAGGGAUGUGGUUAUUCUCUCAAAAGCAGCGAACCCAGAAUUAGGAACUAAUACUAUUGUACAUUCUCAAAAUUGACAGGACUACAAUAUUUGGUAGGUUACAUAAUGAUAUCCACUCUGCCAGCCAUUAUAUUCUGCUAAAUUUUAUGCCAUCUUGUUAAUAGGGAGCUUGUAUAUCAAAUUAAAAUCUGAUAUGCAACUUUAUAUCAAUAUAUUGGCCAUUUUUAUAAUAUACAGUAUAUUGUAACCUGGUUCUUGUUUAAGAGUACCAAUCUUGUUUGCAGACAGAGCCAUCCAUGUCCUAUGGCAACAUUCCUUAUUUAAAUUUUCAUUAAAUUAUAAUAUUCAUCUGGUAGGUUUAUUAUUUAUGUAAGAUGAGAAAAUUUGUAAAAUCUGUUUUGAUACAUGUGAUGAAGAGCCUUAGUCUGUGAUGUCAUGCAUAGCUUUAUUUUAAGAGAUUAUCUAAAUUUGUUUUAUAUUUAUCAUGUCACUGUGAUAUUUUUAUGGUUUAAUAUCUGAUACUACAAACAAAAAUAUCGAUAGAGAACUUUGUAAAUUAUAUAGUACUGUAUUAUCAUUAUUAUAGUUGUAUUUAUAGAGAAGUGUUAAACCUGUAGGAGUUAUACAUUACUUCAAGAAUAGGAUUUAAUUGGGUUUAAUCCAAGGAAGGGAGAGGCAACUCCAGGUCAUACAUCAAGAACCCUUUACCAUUAUCAAGGCAUCCCCCUCCCACCCCUUGAAGGGAAGUAAUACUUAGAGACCAAGGCCAGAAAAUUGGAAAAUUCUUUGGUGUUAUGUGAUAUAAGUUACAUGCAGACAUUGCAAAAGUUUACCAGUGGUUUAGAAAUUUUAGCCUUUAUCUAGAAAAAUAUUCGGUUAAUGUUGCUAAGAUAAAGUGAAGAGUGAAGAAAACAUGCAAUUUGGAGAGUAAGCAUUAGUGGGACAGUAUUUUGACGUGUUAAGAUGCGUUUCUUGAUAAUGAUCUUAACAGAUCGUAACACUGUCCCAGUGAAAGCUCUGCAGAAUGUGUUCUUCACUACUGUCACCAGUAAGACAUUUAGUCCACGGUAUCCCGUAACUCAAUUGGUAGUGCACUCAGCUCACACAUUAAGGUCCAUGGUUCAGUCCCCAGUACAGGUGGAAACAGGACUUGUUUCCUUAAGACACCUGGAUGUUAGUCGACUGGUGUGGGUCACAUCCUGGGAACAAAAUAGACCUAAUUUGCCUGAAAUGCUCUGCAUAACAAGGGACUUUCUGUAGAGAAGUAUGUCAUUGUCAGCUAGGCCUGUAUACCAUGUACAUGUACUUGUAGAAAUAAAGAUUAUUAUUGUCUUUCAAGAGGGGAUGGAGUACCUUGCUUUAGCUGAAGAUCUUCACUAAGCAGCUGGUGUUACUUUUUCUUUGUAAGAUCAGGCCCUGAUCACUCCAUCCUUUCCCAGCAUACUCCUCCACUAUCUGUAACCAUCUUAGGAUUCUAUUAAGUUGUGAUCCUCUGAUUUUUAAAUGGGGUGUAAAACCUAGCUGGGGAUAGGCCAGUAGAUACUUAAAUACUGUGCUGUACUGUUACGAAAAGAAUCUGAAAAUUGCUAUAUCUCACACACCAUUAGUGCCCUCUGUAACCAAUUUCUUUUUCACUUAUUCACUCCUACCACCCAGAAAAAAAAAAACAGACCUGCCCUUCAAGGUGUUGGAGAAACCUUUCCCAUAGACUCAACCUGAUUAAACUCCCAUUCCCCAGGUGCUGUAUGACCCCUACAGGUUUAGUGGUUCAUUGUGAUUUGACCCAUUUGAGUUUAGCUCUUAAAUUUUUUAUAAUUAUUACCAUUGUGAUUUUAAUAGUUUUAAUAUGGCAUUAAUUACUUUCCUUUUGAUUCUGUCACCAACUAGGUUAUUACCUGUAACAAAAGUCAUACAGCAACUAAUUUUGUGUUAUACGCAUUUUGAAGUUAGGGCUUUAAUUAUAUGUUUGGCAUUUAUUUGAUAACUGUAAUAUGCACCCCAAAGAUUUUUAUUAUGGGGAAGGGGUAAACCCAUAGGAAUGAUGGUGUCAGGAAAAUGGUAAUCAGGUUUGAUUCAAGAAGGUAACUCCAGUUUCUUGGAUCAAGAGCCCUUUAGUGUAAGGGGAAACUCCUUGAAAAAAAUAUUAAAGAAAGGUUUGGGCUUGGUAAUCUAAAAUGUUUAAAGUAACUUUCAAGUCAGGUGGGUACCCACCUUGUUGCUGAGAGAACCUAGGAUAACCCAAAAAAUCAAAGUGAAUUAUUUCUAUUGGGGUCUUGAUUCAAAGAGUUGGAGGUAUCUUCCUUUUUAUAUUAUAAAUGAUGUACAACACUGUCAUAUGUACAAUACUUAGGUGACUUUAUUGCCAAAAUAUUUCACAUGCUCAGCAGGCUUUCUCAUGUUAACACAAAGCUGAUUAUAAUAUUGGAAACAGAAGUGGACAGGUAAUUUAGAGGUGAUCAGUCCCUCAGCCUUGAUAGGUGGUCAGUCUCUUAGCCUGAAGCAGAGGCAUAAGACUAUAGACUUGCAUAGGUGGAGGUAGAAGUGUAGCAGCUGGAGAUGUCACAGGUGAUCAGGACCCACUAGUUAAAGUAGGCCAUGUAGAAGAGUUGAAGAUAUUCUAUGUUCUAGGAUGUGAUGUUUCUGUGUUAGACAAGUACCAUUAUAUCUUAGUAUAAGAGAUCUUUUCCCCAGUGCUAUUGUCAGCAGUGGGCCCCCACAAACUUGUGACAUCUCCAGGCUGAAACUUAUACUGGAACUGAAAGUAAGGUAUUUCAGCCUGGAGAUGUCACUAGUGGGAGCAGUCAUCCUAAAUCAUUGUUGGCAAUAGCACUGAAAAAAAAAACUUUUACUAAGAUGUAUUAGUACAGCAACAUCACAUCCUAGAACAGAAAAUGUCCUCUACAACUCUGCUACAUGACCUACUUCAACUAGUGUCUGCUACAUGCUGCCUCCACCUUGCAAGGCUAUAGUCUUAUGCCUCUGCUUUAGGUUAAAAGACUGACCAUCUAUCAAGGCUGAGGGAUUGAUCACCUCAAUUCUCUCUCCACCUCUACUGUCCCAGUAUUGUAAUUGCCUCUGUAUUCGACUGAUCAAGCUCGUUGUGCAGGUGAAGCAUUUCAUCAAUAAGUAUCUUAGUGUUACACACGUGUCCUAUACCCACUUUCCCUGGAUUAAAAUCUGAUUGCUCAGCUAAGCCCUACAGGUUUAACUGAGCAGCCCAUCAACCUUAAAUGGUAGGUGGGUUGCUCAGCAAAUUAUACUGAGAAACACUGAUCACCUGGUGGUGUAUUUGACAAAAUACAUUGCUUUUUGAUAA